AUGGCAUCCCUCAACCCCCAACCCACCCCUCCCAAAGAACAAACCUUAACCUUCCCCGCCGCCCACGCAGCCCUCAUCUCCCCGUACCUCCCGCAACCCCAACCCCAACCCUCACCCACCCCCUCAUCAUCAACCACCACCAACCCCAAGGACACCACCACCACCACCACAACCACCAAAGAAAAAGAAACCCGCCCGCACGUAACCCUAACCUACGCCCACUCCCUCGACGCCUCCCUGGCCCUCGCCCCCGGCGUGCGCACCGCCCUGUCCGGCCCGGCCUCCAAGGCCAUGACCCACUACCUGCGCGCGCGCCACGCCGCCAUCCUCGUCGGUGCGGGCACCGCGGUGGCGGAUGAUCCGGGGCUGAACUCACGGCUUCUUUCGCUGGAGGGUCCGUUUCCUGAAGCUGGGGUGGUGGGACAGCCUCAGCAGCCCCGGCCGGUGGUGCUGGAUCCGCGGGCGCGGUGGGCGGUGGAUGGGGGGAGUCGGGUUGUGGGGGUGGCGAGGGAGGGGAAGGGGCUGGCGCCGUGGGUGUUUGUUGCGCAGGGGGUGGUUGUGGACGAGGGGAGGAGGAGGGUUUUGGAGGCGGUGGGCGGGCGGUAUGUGCCGCUGGAGGCGAGGGGGGAGAAGGGGCGGUUUGCGUGGGAGGACGUGCUGCGGGUGCUGGCGCGGGAGGGUGUGGCGAGUGUCAUGAUCGAGGGCGGUGGCGAGGUGAUCAACUCGCUGCUCGAGCCUGCGGGGAAUGCGUUUGUCGACUCGGUCAUUGUGACUAUCGCGCCGACGUGGCUCGGGCAGGGUGGCGUGGUGGUCUCGCCGCCGCGCACGGCCGGGGAGGAUGGACGGCCGGCCGAACCGGUGCGGUUGACGGAUGUGACGUGGUGUCCGCUUGGGGAGGAUGUGGUCUUGUGCGGGAGGAUCAAGAGGUGA